AUGAAUCUUUUCGCCAUCAGCCAUGCGCAGCGCGCGCCCCUGAAAGAGGUGGCUCGUCAGGUCGCUGCCAUGACGGCAAGAGUCAGGACGACGACGGUGCACAACGGGCAGCCCAGAGCCGGCGCGCGAUGCCUGUCCGGCAAACCCGCCUACGCGAGACCGCCGACCGCGUUUCCCCCGCAAGCAGCGUGGCAGAGACCGAGGCUACGCUUUCGAGAGAACCCGCCUCGCCUGCCGGGAAGCAGCAGCAGCAGCAGCAGCAGCAGCAGCAGCAGCCGCUGGAUCUUCUCCUCCUCGAGCAACGUCAUUCGCAACUACGAGAACCUCCCCAAAGACUACCGGGACCAGGUCGGCCUGCCCUUUGGCGCCGAGGACCUGUCCCGCGAGGAAAUUGAAGACGUGUUCGGACCAGGCGCUGCAGAGGCUGCGGGAAACCACCUCCUCCGAAUCUUGCAUGGGCGACGAGUAGCGGGGACGCUCGACGAUCCUGCUUUUGCCGCGCACACUGCCCAGUAUCCAGCGGACAUGGUUGCCAGGGGGCUGGCGUUUCUUCGCCAGACGGUGGCCGUCAACGAAGUCUUGAACGCGGGCUUGAGGGCCGAGGAUGAGCUCAACCAGAUGGACCGAGAGAUGCAGGCGCGAGAGGCCGGGCAGGAAGCUCGGAUCGGACAAGACGCGGUCGCCAAGCCCGAUCCUGUCUACGGCCGAAGCUCGUUGGACCAGAUCCGAGCACGCAACGUUGCAAAGCAGAGAGCUCUGGACAAGGCGGCCGAGGAGGAGCGCUUGGCCAGGGAGGGGGAGGCCGAGCAGGGCGCCGGGGGGGCUGCUGCUGGUCCUCUGGCCAGGAGGGAGGACGGCACUCGCGCCAUUGCCAACCCGCAGGUGGCCAAGUACUACCAGGACGCGCAGUCCGAGCUGCAGGCGCCGCCCGACAUGAAGGCGUGGCAGCGUAUUCUUCCCUCGGCAACCGUGGUCGCCCUGGCCCUGGGCUUCCUCGCGGCCGUGGCCAUGGUGUACGAAGAUCCAUUGCCGCGAUACAGGCUGUUGCGCCAUGUUUCCAUGGCGCAUGCCACGGUGGGCACGCUGGUCGCCUUGAACGCGCUCGUCUUCCUCGGAUGGCGCGUCCCGCCCCUGUGGUCAUUCUUCAACAGGUACAUGAUCUUCGUCGUCGCCACCGUCAAGCCCGUCACCCUCUUCACAGCCAUGUUCUCCCACACCAAGCUCAGCCACGUGCUCGUCAACAUGGUCCCGCUGUGGUUCGUCGGCACCGCGCUGCACCAGGAGCUCGGGCGCGCCGACUUCCUCGCCCUCUACCUCGGCUGCGGAGCGGCGGGCUUCCUGGGCAGCCUGGUCACGUACACCCUGCGCGGGUGGCUGACCGUCACCUCGCUGGGCGCCUCGGGAGCCACGCUCGGCCUGUGCUCGGCGUACUUUUGGGAGCACCGGAACGACGGGUUCCGCAUCUUGGGGCUGCCGGAGGGGGGGGUCCACGGCAUCGUGUUCCUGGCCAUGAUGGCGGCCCUGCAGAUGGCGGCGCUCGGGAGGACCGUCAAGCUCAAGGUGGACAUUGCGUCGCACUUGUCCGGCAUGGGGGCGGGCAUCCUGGGGAUGGAGAUGCUGCGCAGGACGGCCAGGAGGAGAGGGCGCGGCGCCGGCAAGGAGGUUAUUGAGAUUUGGGGGGAGAAUGCUGCUGCUGGCCCCAGACGUGCCGGGGAAGCGGCGGCCGUGAAGCUGGUCUCCCCAGCUGGACGGGCGGAAGGGAUGCCGCAGCGUUGA